UUAGUUCCUUUUGCUUUAUUGAUUGUGGUUCAAUUUUUUCCAAACCCUAACUUUUUUUAUGUGGUUCAAUUUUUUUACACAAUUGAAACCUUGUCAGUAUCAGUGUCUGCUACUUUAAUCGUCAAUCUUCUUAUGGGUGUAGAUGGUGUUGAUGGAGGAAGAUUAAGAUUAAUGGUAUUAGUAUUAUUAUUAUUAGAGAUAAUAAUAGGAAGAUUAUUAGGUCUCAUGGGGAAAUGAUUAAGUGUUCGUAGCCUGAAUACUAGUUGAGCUCUAUCUCUUCUAUGGACAUUCAUAUGUCCUCCAAGUGCUUGAGCAGAUCUAAACUCCCUCUUGCGAAAACUGCAUGUGUAUGACCUUGGUGGCCAUGAAUAUGAUGAACCCAUCAUCAUCAUCAUAUGAGAACCAUGAUCAUCAACAUAAUAAUAACUACUAGUAUUAUUAUCUUGUUUUACUUUGUUGUUGUUGUUAUUGUCGUAGCAAAAAGAAGUGUUGUUUGUAUUAUCCAUGGAUAAUUAUUUAAGAAGUAAGAAAGAAGAGAGAAGCUAGAUAGAUGGUAUUUGGUUGAAGGAUGAUAUUAAUGGAAGCAUGUAGGUGGUAUUUAUGAGCAAUCGAGUUUGAGUUUAUAGUAAAAGGGAAACUAAAAUAUAGUGGCUAAUGUACAACUAAAGUAUAGUCAAGAACAUUAUAAUGGCUAAUGUUUUAAAAAAUGUGCUAAUGUGAUAAUGUUUUUAAAUAUGUGCUAAUGCUUAUUUAAAAUGUUUAAUUUAUUAACUUUUUUAAUUCAUGUAUUGAUAGGUAAUUUUGUUGAAUUUGUAUGAGAAACAACAAAAAGUAAAGAGAAUAUGUUUCCAUUUAGAAAAUUAUUUGACGAGAUAAUUGACUGCUUAUUUAGAAAUCAUCGAGCGUUAUAAAGUUACCUAGUGAUGAUUGAAUUUAUUUAAAUGUUAGUUAGACGAAAUAGUAGGUUUAGUGCAUGAUUGGUGUGAGAUGUGUAGGGUGUGGUUAAUUAGUAACAUGUUUUUUGUGAGAUGUGUAGAAUUUGGUAUCAUGAAAAGAAGAGAGCGUAGUUGGAUGUAUAAUAGACUCGACGGGCGCAAUCUUAAGCCCGACUUUCUCAAGGGGGUUGGAGAGUUCAUUGAGUUUUGCAAAGAGCAUCCAACAUGCAAUGAUGGUGACAAAAUAAGAUGCCCAUGCCCCUUGUGUGAUAACAGGCGUUUUCAUGAUACUGAAACAGUUAGAGUACAUUUGUACAAGAAGGGGUUUGUUCGUAAUUACUAUCAAUGGAUAUGUCAAGGGGAAAGCUUAGUAGAGUCCUCGAGUGUUCAGCCAAAUCAAUAUCGGGAUAUGGUUAUUGAUGCUCUUGGAAAUAAUCAAGAGCAUUUGGUGAAUGAAGAGGGUAAUUCAGUUGAAGAAGAACCAAAUGAUGAAGCUAAGAAGUUUAUAGACCUUCUAAAGGCAGCUGGAGAUCCAUUAUAUGAAGGGAGCAAACUCUCUGUGUUGGAGAUGGCAUCAAGAAUUGCAAGUUUGAAAUGUGAAUUCAACUUACAACACAAGUGUGUGGAUGGGUUUGCAUCUUUGAUGAAUGAUGCGAUUCCAAAUAACAACCAAAUGGGUAGAACUUUCAAUAGCACAAAGAAGGUUCUUGAGGGCUUGGAACUUCCUCAUGAGAGGAUCCACACAUGCCCUAAAGGUUGUUUGCUCUUCUGGAAAGGCGAUGCACAGUUAGAUAAAUGUAGAGUAUGCGGAAGUGAUCGGUAUAAGAAGACUGCAAAGGGUAAGCUUAUUCCAGCAAAAGUUCUAAUCUAUUUUCCAAUCACACCGAGGUUGCAAAGGUUGUAUGCUACCAAGAACAUUUCGGAGGAUAUGACUUGGCAUGCCAAGAAUCCCCGAGUUCAAAACACCUUCGCACAUCCUAGUGAUAGUCAAGCGUGGAAGCACUUGGAUACAACCUUUCCUAAUUUCGCAUCAGAGCCACGAAAUGUCAGGCUUGGUUUGUGCACGGAUGGAUUUGCCCCCCAUGGUAAAUUUGGAUCCCAAUAUUCAUGUUGGCCAGUUAUUCUUACACCAUACAACUUGCCUCCAUCGAUGUGUAUGAAAAGACCAUUCAUGUUCCUUUCUUUGCUCGUUCCCGGUCCUAAAAAUCCUAAAGGAAACUUGGAUGUGUACAUGCAACCACUCAUUGAAGAGUUGAAACAGUUAUGGGAGGUUGGGGCUAUGACUUAUGACAUCUCAAGCAAGCAGAAUUUCAACCUCCGCGCAGCCCUUUUGUGGACUAUUAGUGAUUUUCCUGCAUAUGGAAUGCUAUCUGGAUGGUCCACGACCGGAAAGAAGGCUUGCCCUUAUUGUAUGGAUAAAAGCAAGGCAUUUUGGCUUGAACAUGGAGGUAAAGUUUCAUGGUUUGAUUGCCAUCGACAAUUCCUUCCACAUGAUCACCCUUUUCGAAAGAAUAAAACAGCUUUCUGUAAAAACAAAGUUGAAAAUGGCAUGGGUCCGCAUAUAAUGUGUGGAGAAGAAUUGUGGCAAUGCGUGAAGGACUUGCCUAAAGCAACUGAUGGUCCUGAAGCUCUUAAGAAGUUGAAGAGUGCCAAAAUGGGUUGGUUCAAACAAAGUAUUCUAUGGGAACUCCCAUAUUGGAAGGAUUUGCUUCUUCGUCACAACUUGGAUGUCAUGCACAUUGAAAAGAACUUUUUUGACCAACUCAUAAACACUGUGAUGGAUGUGAAAGGUAGCACCUCGGACACCACUAGUGCAAGGAAAGAUAUGGCUAAGUAUUGUAAACGUCGACAGUUAGAGCUUGGAAAUGGAAAUCAAACCAUGCCAAAAGCACCCUUUGCACUUGACAAGGCUCAAAAGAAGGUGUUAUGUGAAUGGGUUCGAGACUUGAAAUUCCCGGAUGCUUAUGCUUCAAACUUGAGCAGGUGUGUUAAUCUUCAAUCAUGCAAGCUGUAUGGAAUGAAGAGCCACGAUUGUCAUGUCUUCAUGGAGAGGUUACUUCCGGUUGCUUUGAAGGAGUUGCUUCCCUUGCAUGUUUGGAAGGCAAUUACAGAGAUUAGUCAAUUCUUCCGAGACUUAUGCGCCCCCACUAUCAAAGCGAGUGACAUAGAUCGCUUGGAUAAGAAUAUAGCUGAGAUCUUGUGCAAGCUAGAGAAGAUUUUUCCACCUGCAUUUUUCAACUCAAUGGAACACUUGCCAGUUCAUCUUCCACAUGAGGCAAAGGUUGGUGGUCCCGUCCAGUACAGGUGGAUGUACCCAUUUGAAAGGUUUCUUAACCAUUUGAAGCGUAAGGUUGGAAAUAAGGCACGUGUAGAAGGCUCCAUAUGCAAUGCUUACCUAAUGGAGGAGAUUACGAACUUUUGUUCCCACUAUUUUCAACCUGAGGUUGACACCAAAGCAAGGGAUCUAGGAAGAAAUGUCCAUUCGGUUGUUGAGAACCAACAUGACGUUAAUAUCCCCGAGAUGUUCAGGGUGGAUUGUGGUCGUGCACCUACUAAUGGCCGUUUGCGCUUCUUGCAAGACAUGGAGUAUGAUCGAGCACAUCUUUAUGUGCUUGCAAACAGUGGCAUCUUAGGUGAAUAUGAAAGGAAAUUUGAGGAGCACAUUCUCCAAACUCAACCUCACAUAGUAAUGGAGGAUAUUUGGAGUAAAUGCGAAGCCCAGUUCCCUGAAUGGUUUAAAUCACAUGUUCUCCGGUCUUUGAGUCCUAAUGAUGUGACACGGGCGCUUGCGAUGGGCCCCUCUAGACAAGUAAGGACAUGGAGCCGGUUCUAUGCGAAUGGAUAUAAUUUUCAAACUCAUGACUACGGCAAACACAAGUCAACUAUGAAUUAUGGAGUGUGUGUACAAAGUCCUGAUGAAGUUGACUACUUUGGCAUUUUGGAGGAGGUGGUUGAACUUUCUUAUUGUGGUAAGCUUCAAGAGUACAAGACAAUCUUGUUUAAGUGCAGCUGGAUGGAUUCCGUGAAGGGUAUGAACAUUCAUGAACAAUACAAACUUGUUGAGGUCAAUCAUUCUAAGAGAUACCCAAAGUAUGACCCGUUUGUAUUGUCUUACCAAGUUAGUCAAGUAUACUUUGCACACUACCCCAGUUUGAAGAGGGAUAAAGCCCAAUGGUGGGCUGUGUUUAAAACUAAGGCAAGGUCUGUGAUUGAUGCUCCGGUUGACUUAGACUUUCUACAAGAAGAUGCAAAUGAGGUUUCUUCAGCUCUUUGUGCUCCAGAUGAGAUCCCAGAUUAUGAAGAUCAAGAUGAUGAUGAUGAUGAUGACGAUAUUAAUGAUGGUGAUGCUGAUAGUAUGAGUGAUGAGGAUGAGGAUGAUGAAGAUGAGGAUGAGGAUGAUGGUGAUGAUGACAUUGAUGAUGAUGAUGACGAUGGUGAUGAUGAUGAUGCUGAUGAUUCUGAUGGAUACGACGAUUAACUUGAUAUUGCUGAUUUUGGUCCUAUUUGGUUGUUUAAUUUUAGGUUCAAGAAAUAUUAUGUAGUUGUUUGGUAAACUUAUGAUUGGAGUUUGACAUGUGUUGUCUUUUAUGAUUGAACUUUGAAUUAUGUUGUUGUUUAUUGAACUUAUCAUUGAACUUUUUAUUUUGGUUGUAUAAAUUUAUGUUUGUUAGACAA